AUGCAUGGAUCCCAAGGCCCACAGAGACGCCCUAGCAGUGCCCCCAUGUAUCCUAACCAACACGGCAUUAGUCAAGACCGCCAGUCUCAAAUGAGUGGUCCACACCAAUUUGGCCAGCCUCAUCCUGGGCCGUCCCCACUCAACUUGCUCAACGAUGACUUGCCGCAGCACGAUGAGUACUUCAGUGGACCACGGCUGCCCAAUCCUGCAAUGCCAGGGGAAGACGGUGUAAAUGAGAAUAUGGGAAGACCGUUGGGCAAUAACAACCUACCAGAAACCCCAUUCAUCCCCAGGCACAACGAGCAGCGUACACCUUCCCUGUCUAUGCACGGUGUCAAUAAUUAUAUGAACCCCCAGCCGGGCGGUACACCAUACCUUGGUCAUGGAAACUUGCACACUCCUUUCUCAUCAGGCAGUGAGCCACGUUCUCGCUCGCAGUCCUUGGCACCAGGUGGAGGCCACGACCCUGACUAUAAUCAGUUUGCACGACCUUAUCAAUCACACGUACUCGGGUCCACAGGGUAG